UUGUGUCCACUUGUUCAAGCGAUAUUUCACUAUUUUCGCUGCUAGGCACCUUUUCCAGAUUUAUGUUGGACUGAUUGAACACACAAAUCGUAGUUUGUAUGCAUGAGAAAUUUCUAUUUUCGCGCCUAUCAAUGCAACAACUUGUGUCUUUCUAUGCGGCUGACCUUGCCUGUUGCAGAUCACCAAAACUAGCUGAGUGCUAACCUACGAGUUCAGCGUUAGCUAGCUAAGCUAAUUGUUUGUGUGUGCGAGUUUACUCAAUGUUCACUGUUCCUCGACUCGUCCUGUUUUUCUUGAGUUCGUGAUGGAAGAUGAAGCCUUUACUGACAUCAAUGGGAAAGCCAUCUCCCUGGACUGUCAGAGUCACUCUGGUCUCUGCAGAGAGUUCACUAUCAGCUCUCCUAAAGUGUCGAUCGGUAAGGUGAUGGUGUACACCUGCUCUGUUUGGCUGUCAGCCUACGCCGUCUUCUUCUUCACGGAGAACACUGCCGUGCUGUCCUGUGCUAUAUUUGUCACCCUGGUUGGCAUGAUGCUUCACAUCCACUUUGUGAAGGUGGACCAUGAGUCCUUGCUUGUCAUCGGCUCUUUAGGCAUUCAGGUGUCCUCCAGCUACGCCUCAGGCCGAGAGACCACAACAUUCAUUGAAAUGGGCAAGAUCAAGGACAUUGUCAUCAACGAGGCUAUUUACAUGCAUCAAAUCAUCUAUUACCUGUGUGUGCUGUUGAAGGACCCGUCAGAAGCUGAUGCAGUGUCAAGUGUUGUGCCUUUGUUUCAGAGUUCAAAGCCCAGGCUGAACUGCUUGGUGAAGGUUUACAAAAGCUGUCAGGAGAUUCUUUCAAAGUGCUGAUGGCACAAAGUGCUGCUUAUCCAUUAGUGAUGUUUCUGGUUAGGCAGCAUGCUUUUAAUAUUUCUUUACGUAAGCACUGUUCUUUUUAAUGGUUAACCACAGACUUUAGAUAGAUUUUCUUUAUAUUGGUAAAUUUUGAUUAAUUUUUAGUGUUUUGUUUUCAUAAUUUCUCCUUUUUUCACUUUUAUGAACAUCCGGUCUGCUGACCAAUAUUAUUCAUUCAUGUUUUUAAGUUCUACUUUGUUAUGCAGCUACUGAGAAAAAAAAUUAGAGUACUUUAAAUUAAAAACCUUAAAGAGCCAAACCUUUGUCUGACAUUGAACUAAAAGAUAGAAAUGUCCUUUGAUAACUUACUUAUUUAUUUAUUUAUUUAUUGGUUUAGAUUAAAAUGUACUUAUUAUUUCACUUUCUGCUGGAUUUGAUACAGAUAUUUGAUUUCCUAACUGUAUUUUUCAUAAAAACAAACAACUCUAAUAAAACAUUACAAAAUCAA